GCCCCCUCUCCAAUACUGCAAGACCAGCAACUGUCCAGUUCCUUUCUUCACCUGCAUCCUCCACGAGAAGCCAAGCCUCUCUUCCUCACAGCACCUUCCACCUGACCGUGUCCCACACAUCCUCACACAGGACUUUCCCCCAGGGCUUCCCCUGAGCGGGGUCAGCUACAUCAAGUGUCCCAGCAUCGACUGCUUCCUUCCAGCUGCUUGCAACACUCUGCUUUCCGACGACGUAGGAAUGCCCACACCAGUCUCGCGUUCAGCGACUGCCCCUUUUCUGUCCCGCUCUGUCCCCAACCUCCUUCCCUACUGAUACCACUGGCUUCCACGUUUUCUGCUUGUCCACGUGCUUGACCAGCGCAGUUUCACUUUUGCAAACAUCUGUUUAUAUCCCUUGAGAGAAAAAUAUCAAGCAGCCUGCCUCAAAGACUGUUUUGGGAGGUGAGCAAGGGCAGCCUCCGAUGGACAGCUACACAGUGGCUCCCGAGGAUGAGUAUGAUGUCCUCAUAGAGGGCGACCUGGACAACAGUGGGGCAGCGGACCAAGUUCCAGUCCCUGAGUUCCUCUCCGCCCAGCAGGUGCUCCGGUUCUGCUGCGCGGUAUUUGCAGCGGGUCUCCUGGACAAUGUGCUGGCGGUGUUUAUCUUGGUGAAAUACAAAGGACUCAAGAAUCUGGGGAACAUCUACUUUCUAAACCUGGCACUUUCAAAUUUGUGUUUCCUGUUUCCCCUGCCAUUCUGGGCCCAUACUGCGGCACACGGGGAAAGCCCUGGCAACAGGACCUGUAAAGUUCUUGUCGGACUCCACUCCUCGGGCUUAUACAGCGAGGUGCUUUCCAACACCCUCCUCCUUGUGCAAGGAUACAGGGUGUUUUCCCAAGGGCGACUGUCCUCCGUCUUCACCACGGUGUCUGGUGGUAUUGUUACCUGUGUCCUGGCGUGGGUCAUGGCUACUGCCCUCUCUUUGCCGGAAUCUGUGUUUUAUGAGCCUCGGAUGGAAAGACAGAAGCACAUGUGUGGCUUUGGCAAACCUCACUUCUUGCCAAUCGAAGCCCCGCUCUGGAAGUAUGUUCUGACGUCAAAGAUGAACAUCUUGGUACUUGCUUUUCCUCUGCUGGUUUUUAUAGCCUGCUACGGGCAGCUGAGGAGAACGCAGAGCUUCAGGGGGAGGCAGUGCGACCUCCGCAAGGCCGCUCUUGUCAUAACGGGCGUGUUCCUUUUGAUGUGGGCGCCCUACAAUAUUGUCCUCUUCCUGACUGCUUUCCAGGAACACUUGUCCCUGCAGGGUGAGAAGAGCAGCUACCACCUGGACGCAAGUGUUCAGGUCACACAGCUCAUCGCCACCACCCACUGCUGCGUCAACCCAUUUCUCUAUUUGCUUCUUGACAAGGCCUUUACGAGAUACCUCCGCAGCCUGUUCCCACGGUGCAAUGACAUCCCAUAUCAAAGUAGUGAGGACUCUCGGCAAGUGGCGCCAAGGGAAGGUCAUGGCAGGCCCAUUGAACUGCAUAGUACUUUGCAUCAAAGGCAGGAUAUAAUAUAAACAUUCAUCCUUGUCUCCUCACAUUGUUUUAUGUAAUUUUUAUAUGUUUGUAUAAAAAUAGACUAUAAGAGGAAAGGUGUCUGGCUAAUGAAUAUUCACUACUAAGCAUUGGAUUUGUCUCUGGUGCAGGGCUAAGUUAUUUAUAAAGGUGAGUUCCACUCUUCUUCUUUAGAGCUUGUCCACAGUGUGGGCGUGGGUGAUGUGUAUUCCAUAAACUGAAGCUCGGGAAUUGUCCAAAGUUACAUAACUGUAAAGUGGCAAAAACUGAUGUGUAAACCCAGAGAUCGCUGGCCCCAGAGCCUGUUAGUUAUCCAAGUGUGGCAGCCUUUCAGUAACUGUCAGCCAGCAGUGAUGGCAUGUCUGUAAUCCCAGCACUCUAGGAGGCAGAGCAGGAGGACUCUCACAAAUGCAAGUGUGACCUGGGCAACAUAGACAGACUUCCCCCAACCUCAAUUUUUCUUUUUUCUUUUUCUUUUUUGUUCAGCAAAAUACAUGCAAUGAAUAUGUACUUUUAAAGCA